CCCAUGUCUUCACUCACACAAGUGGCAGAAGAUGGAUAACUAAAGGCUUGUGUACGGAGAUUCAAACAGAGUGAAACACAACAAUCUGUGCCACUACCCUCAGAUAAACUAGGGCAGUAAGAUGCCCAAAAGUGAUACCUGGCCAGGUGGCAUUGGAUUGGAGACGAUGACUGGCAUGGACAGCGCUGGCAGCUGUGACAGCGUGGUCAGCGCCAAUUCUGGCUUUAGUGAUGAUAGUCUGGAGCACCUGUCUGCUGAAGAGAAGGCUUGUCUCAUGUUUUUGGAAGAGACAAUUGAGUCUCUGGAUACCGAGGAAGAUAGUGGACUGUCUAAUGACGAACCUGACCAACUGCCCAGCCCUGGCAACCUCGCUACUAAACUGGCUGACCUGUCAGCCUCCAUGAGCAAAAGCAAGCUCAACAGUUCAGAGAAACAUGCUUCUAAGGAACCAAUAAAGGAAAACGAUGACACCAAACCCAGCUACCUGGUCCCGACACCUCUUGUUGUGGCAAGCAACUCUCCAUGUUCUCCCCCCAAACCAAAGCCGGGUGUCCCUCCAGACAAAAACCUCAGCUCUAACCCUCACUUCACUCUUUCAAGCAACAAACCUGAUCACAAACACAACCAGAAACCUGUUGCUCCCCAGGUACCUUUAGAGGUUAAUGUUGUGAUACCUCCUCCACCUAAACCCAGGGACUACUCAGGCAGGACACCUGAAGGUUUACCCAGAGGUCCUCUGUCCUAUGAGGCACUUGUUCAUCUGCGGAGGAGUGCCUCCACAAAGAAGACACCUCUAUGUCCUAAAAUUGAUCAUACUAUAGAAUUGGACAAGCACCUUCCUGUCACAGAGGAAGGCCAAAACCUCAGGAAUCUACCAAGAUCUGGUAAAUCUUUCUCAGAGGCUUCUAUGUCCAAGACAGGUCCUCCGGUUGUGGCCCCCAAACCCAAAAAGAUUCCUACCAAUGUAUCUGUGAAAAAAACACAAAGUGAAACAUCCAUAACCUCAGAAAGUACAUACAAUAUCAAGAAUGCAAAAGAUCCCCAGGUUGUGAGACUGGAAGCUUUGCAGAAGCUGGGCCUCCUGAAAGACCAAGAGCCAGAAGAUGAGACAGCAGCCUCACUAUCUCCCCCUAAAUCUCACUCCUGUCCAGACCCAGCACCCAACAGAUUUACAUCUAAUGUUAAUCCAUUAAGAAGCCCAUCGUUUUGUUAUCCUCAAGUGCCCACAGAGCCAAAGAGUAGGCCUCUGCAGAGCAGUGCCAGUUUCCAUCACUACUCCAGACGUGACCAACAGCCUGUGCCUGGAUCACAUCCCGCUCAAUCCAAUGGAUUGAAGGCAGCUGGUCUGGAGCGCUCUGCUACUCUAGACCACCACAGAAACGGUGGAAACUGUCAACCUGUACCCCCCAAACCCACAAACUCAGUUGGAUACACAGUGAUGGUGGUGCCUGGGAUGGGAGCUGAUCGGAAAGAAGCACUCAGAAAGCUCGGAUUGCUCAAAGACUAAAGCAGGUAAACAGCAGGAGUCUGCCUGCGUAAAUACAGUGCUCAGAAAGAGUUCAAGAGUACCAUCAGCUUAAAGAGAGUUAGAGCAUUAAGCGGGAACUUGGCACUUGGGCAAACUAAAGCAGAAGAGGAUGAAGAAGGGGAAGAAGUUAAAGGGCAAGACCGGCACUUUUUAUACAGGUUGUGAUCACUCACUAACUUAAGGGCAGUUUUCUUUCCAACGAUUGUCCUUUGUCCUGGAGGCUUCAAUCUAAAAUUGCACCUUACACAUUUCAAACCCCUGAGGCUGUACGUAUUUGAUUAAAAAUGGUAUGUUAAUGUAAUGCCAUCCAAUCAGAAUCUCUAAUUGUGUUUAACAAAUAUCAGAAACAAAUUGACAAGGCUAGAUAUCAAAUCAUCCCAAGAUUGCAUAUGAAUAAAAGUAAUCCCUACAUCUUCAAAUCAGACAUUUCAUUGAGUUGUUUGAAGGGACGGUUUGCCUCCAAAUCAAAAAGACAUACUUUUCCUCUUACCUGUAGUGCUAUUGAGUGUUGGCGAUAUCAGCUGUGGAGAUCUUUGCUUUCUCACAAAAAUAAUGGAACUAGAUGGCACUUGGUCACACACAAGUAAGAAUUUUUGUUAACAAUAUUAAGAAAUAUUGUAAUAAGCCUAUAUCGGCACAAAAAUCACAUUUUAGAAUGAUGGUAACAUAAUACUGUGGCUUUCAAUUAAUCUUGUUCCUUUGUCAUUAUACUGCCGUAACAUGCUGCUCCAAUGUACUUCUACUUAAAGGAAACAUCAACUCAACAGAGUUUUUACAUGACUGAUCAUUUCAUAAUUCACAGAUGUGCCUUUAAGUAAAUUGUUGAGUACACUCCUUGGAGCAAAGCCUCGAAGAAGAUCAUAAUUAUUGUAAAAUUAAAUUCUGACAGUGUUUUGGGGUGAUUUUUUUCAGUGUUUUCUAAUCUUUAGUAGCAUUCAGUGGCACAUUAUUGAAAUCUGAUGCAUCAGUAGCUCACUGUUUUGUUUCUGCUACUAUUUUAUACAGUAUGGUUUAGAUGGUUUUACAAAUGUGUGACAAACUGUGUCAGUGUGACUGCCUUCAUUGUCUAAAUACUGGGGAUGUUCAUCCAGAAUGAAUGACAUUGUGAUUAUUUUUUACCAACUCUUUACCAUUACCAUUAAUACCGGUGAAAAUAAAGAAGUCUGCA